GUUGCCUAGUAACAACGGCUCUGAAGAAACACAAGAACUUCUCCCAAGGAGUCUAACAACGAAGGAGUUAUGGAGUAAUGGAAAUUGAGGGAAGGUCGCCGCAGGGAGGAGAGCGGGGAGACAAUGAGAAAUACGAGCCGUUCGAAUUGCAGCCUUCGGUUCUAGAGGCCGUGGCCUCGCUGUGUCCGGAGCACGAGGCGGAGGAGAUAUGGAGAGUCGUGGGUCCGUCGCUCGUAGAACAAGCCAGAGACCUGUUGGACGAGGCAAGGCUUCACCUGGAAAUAUGGCGAGAAUUGAGUGAAGAUGCAGAUCACGUGGCAUCACGUGGUAAGAAAUCAGCAUAGUCUGGUGGGCAUGAGACCUGAGUUGAUAUUCCUAAAAACCCACUUCCCAUGAACUUUGCAUGUUAAGUGUUAUGUAACUGAGCAUAAUUCCGCAGGUCUUCCAGAGCCACCCUUGGUGAGAGAGAGGCUCAUUCAGGAAAUACGAUUCCUUGCCAACCACCUACGAACCAGGGGUGGAAGCUCAACUCUAGGUUCUUGUGGUGCAGACAGAAAUAGGGAAAUCCUCGACUAUGCUCUGACUACAGCCAACCUUCAUGGUGGUGGGCGUGGCAGUGGGUGUGGUCGACCAAUGAGUGCCGUUAGCAGUCGAGACGGGAGGGACACACCCCUGAGACAAGCCACACCUUCCAGCAGGGAUGGGAGUUGUAGCUCAGUAUUGAGUGGGCUAUCAGUGGAGAACGUGUCACUAGCUGCCAUUGACUCCACUGUCCAGUACCUCAGAGAAUCACUGGAGGAGGAGAUUGAGCAGCGAAGACAAGACGUAGCGCUUCUUCAGGAGUGCAACGAGGGAGAGAGAGCCUUCCUCCAGACCCAGUCUCGACCUCCUCCUCCUCCUCCGUCUCUCAGGGAACUGAGGGGCGUGGGCACUCUGCUGGAGAGAGAGGUGAUGAGUGCAAUGACCAGGGGCUCUCCCCUCUGCCCCAGUUACCCUUCUCCUGGUAGAGUAGUACAGCUAAGACCACCUCCUCUAGAAUGUUCUAAUAAAUCUACCGCAUCCUUUUCUGGUAUGAGACGAGCGUCUGGAGUCAGGCCCCGCCCAAUCCAAUCAAGUCCAGACCCUGUAAUUAACAGAACUGAUGGGACAGUGGGAGUAUGCCCCCGACCCAAGCCCCGUCAGUCCAGUAGUGAGGUAUUCAGUCCAGCUCCCAGAUACACUGGUAUUACUACUGCUGUCACACCUACAACCACACACUGUACAUCAAUCACUUGAACCCCUCUCGUUAUAAUGUAAUGAAUCUGUCCGUUAUCUUGUCAUUAUGUGUAUAUACCUCAGGCUUUUUUUACGCCAUAUAGCAAUGUGCAUACGUCCACUGGUAGCUACUAACUCAAUAGAAAACGUAAUCCAUAACACAGCAUCAAAGUAGUAUAAUAUACAUUACAUACCCUAGAUAAU